AUGGCAGCUAACCCAAACUACAAGCUCUCACAAGAGCAAAUUGAUCAUUUCAUGAGAUAUGGGUACGUGCGUCUACCGGAGUGUUUCUCCCGGGAGAAAGCAAACGAGUGGGCAGGGGAUGUGUGGACUAGACUCAAUAUGUCGCCAACGGAUAAGUCAACAUGGACUACCGAAAUUACCCACAUGGGAGACACCAAGGAAGAGCCGGUCAGGACCUUCGCCCCUAAGGCAUGGGCAGCCAUCUGUGAGCUUCUCGGGGGCGAAGACCGUGUGGCACCGGAAUCGGCCACUUGGAGCGACGCAUUGAUCGUAAAUCUCGGCUCCCCCGAGAGCGAGGGUACUUGGCCCCAUCCUGCUGAUCUGCCGGGAUGGCAUGUGGAUGGCGACUUCUUUACCCAUUUUCUUGAUUCGCCCGAACAGGGCCUGCUCGUUAUACCACUGUUUACCGAUAUCCAGGAUCGUGCCGGUGGCACUAUGAUCUGCCCGGAGGCAAUGAAUUAUGUUGCCCAGCAUCUGUACAAUCAUCCCGAGGGCGUGACACCACAUAUGUAUCCCCGUGGCCAACAGCCUAUUGGAAGCCCCACGAGAACGCCCUUUUUCUCUGAUAUUGUGAAGAAUUGCAGCGAAUUCCACCAGAUGACUGGUAAAGUGGGCGAUGUGGUUCUUCUCCAUCCUUUGAUGUGUCACUCGAUUUCUGUCAACAGCUCGAGACAUCCACGAGUUAUCACCAACCCACCAGUGUCCUUGAAACAGCCGUUCAAGUUUGACCGGGAUGAUCCCUCCAAAUACAGCCUCGUCGAGAAGAAGACACUAGAGAUGCUUGGCAAAGACAGGUUGUCUGGCUGGGAAAUUAAGGGGAGGCGAGAGUUCGUUCUUCCGGAGAGGCUGAGGGGAAACCGAUCGAGUGAGAGUCAGCUAGAAAGACUCGCGAACAUCACCGGACAAGCCAUGCCAGCCGCCUGA